AUGGCUUACACAGCUUCUUCUCAAUUCUCCCCUGAACUGACUCGGACCGAGAGCUAUUCCAGAGAUUCAUCAUCAGCCGAGCCACCCGGCUCCGACUCGCAGCCCCGCGAUGGCCGUGGGCCACACCGUCGUGGUUACCAAGCCUGCCAGCGCUGUCGCGAGCGCAAGGUCAAAUGUGAUCUUGGAAGUGUUGAUGCGCCGGCAGAACCUCCAUGUAAACGGUGCAAGCGUGAAAGACUACCAUGUGAAUUUGCCCCGACUCGAAAGAAGCAAAAGCGAUCCGAUGGCACAGCUCGUCCUGUGCAUACAUCAGUCCCCGAUCCCUUGUCACACAAUGGCAACUCUGCCCCCCAAAGUAUGUCAGCGACUAUAUCGCCUCAAAUCGCGACGAACGGCUUUCCUCGCCAAACCUGGUCCCCGCAUUCGUCCAAACCGUCAGUCACCUCACAGCCACAUGAAUCUUACCUUCGCAUGAAGGCUAGCGAUGCACUGAAACCCUCGGAAAUACAGCUUCAUAACCCAGUCGCCGCAGCGACCCUGAAUGCGCCGAUGUCAAGUACACAAGAUAACAUCAUGCUCCUGGUAGAUGCGGCACAGGCGUUCUCCGAAAAUGCGACUCCAGACUACAAGGAAAGCCCACUCUCGGAUCGGGCUGGAAGAAAGAGGACAUUGUCUUCUCUGGGCCAUGGAGGUCCAGAGGUCCCCAGUGACGUGGGAAAGUCUCCAGAAGAGCAAGCCGAGCAACAGGCGGGCUUCACAGCAUGGUCUAAAAUGCGCUUUGUACGCAACGGCUGGUUCACAGCUUGGGAAGCUAUGCAGUAUGUUGAGUACUUCUAUGAGAAACUGGCGCCAAUGACUCCGGUGGUGUUUCCCGACUUCAGAUCGCCUAUGAAACAUCAUUCUCUUCUGCUCAAUGAACCCAUCCUAGCUCUCGCCAUCCUCGCCAUAUCUUCCCGUCAUGUACGGCUUUCUGGUCAUGCAGGGGUAUCUCGAUCGUAUCUUAUCCACGACAAAUUAUGGAACAAUCUUCGCCGACAGAUAGAACGGCUGCUAUGGGCCCAAGAACAAUUUGGUGGAGGCUUUUGUGGCGGCGGGAAUGGUUCAGGCCUACACGAAUCGGCUUCUGGACAGUUGACAUGGGAAGGUAGUCUACGCACCUUGGGGACCAUUGAGGCUCUACUAGUUUUGACCGAUUGGCAACCCCGCGCUCUUCAUUUCCCUCCAAGCGAUGAUGAAAAUGGUCUUCUCGACCGUAGUCUCGUCCCUGGCUCUGAUGAAGAGAAACCAUAUGCUCGAGACGGGGAGGUCAAACGCGGGCGAGAUUACGACAUUGCACCCUACGCAAACUGGCUUGAACCGGCUUGGAGGUCCGACCGCAUGUCCUGGAUGUUGCUCGGAUUAGCCCAAAAUCUUGCCUUCGAGUUAGGAGUAUUUGAUACCAACCACUACAAUUGUCGACAUCAGCAUGGGCCUGAUUCCGAAUGUGCAAGGAAGCGACGGAUUCGGCACCUUGUGCUUGUCUAUGUAGCCCAGACUAGCGGCCGGAUGGGGAUUCAGUCCUCACUCAAUGUGGAAGAUUGGGAAAGUGAUACCAUUUGGGACCAGACCAGUCGAACCCAACGCUAUGGGCAAAUUGAAGAUCCGAUCGACAUCAUGCAAGGCUGCUGGAUCCACGUUGCACGAUUAAUGAAUCGAGCCAAUCGCGAGGUAUUUUCAUCUCAUCAAUUCACGAGAGAGCUUACAGCGAGUGGACGGUACAAGGACUCAAUCGAUCAGUUCCAACCACUACUCCAAAACUGGUUGAACGUAUUUAAGAAAGCAAAAGCCCAUAUACACCCAGUCAUGCAGCAUAUUCUGAUGAUGGAAUACCAGUAUGGUCGACUUUACCUGAACUCUCUGGGCCUUCAAAAAGUCGUCGAGACUUGGGUAGAGGGAGGAUCCAACAUGAAAAAGUCAAGUCUUGCCAAGGUUGCUGAGGAAAACAAAGUUUACAUUGUCGAGGUGACAGACGCAGCUCUUGCCAUUCUGCGAGAAGUGACCGAGGGGAUCUCUCCGAAGGGAUAUCUCCGAGACGCGCCGACUCGGACCUUCCUUCGAAGUUUAUCCGCUAUAAUGUUCGUGCUCAAGCGUUUCAGUCUGGGCACGCACGAAACCAUGGUACGGGAUUGUCUCAAUCAGCUUGAGAAGAUCACUACCGAGAUGGCCAAGCAAGUGGUGGAUGAUGUCCAUCUUAGUGCAUCAACCGCCCGCAUAGUGACGAGUAUUGUCAAGAAUGUAAAGCAGACACUGAUCCGGGUUCAAUUGCCUGGGACUGGGUCUGCGGGGCCAAGCCGUGAGGUUUCGAGACCACAGUCACCACAUGGAGAAGAGUCGACAACCGACACACAGACAGCAGCGACCGCCCAUGCAACAACACUAGCUCAACAACUCAGCCCUGGGUAUUAUUUGAAUGAUCCUCUUGCCGAUAUUGAAGCCAAGCCAAUGGCAGAACUCGAAUCGCAGAUGUUUGUUCCCCCUCCAAACAUGAUCGCUGGGGACGACAUCUUGGAACAUGCAUUGCCAGUAAAUUCGAACAUUGAUCCCGCCAUCGCCGAUUUCUCUGACUGGUUUGCAUUGCCACUGGACAACCUCUGGCAUAAUUCUGACGCCACGGUCGACCAUGGCUUUGGGGGUAUCGGCCCAACUGUGGGUCACCAGGACAUGCUGGAAGUGAUCACGAACCAGGACUACAGUCUGAUGCAAUGGAAGGCCGAUCAGCUUGGUGGGUACAAUGGGCUACAGUCAUGA